AUGUUCAACCCCGGCAUCGCGUACAUGCUUGUCUGUGUCGUUCUUUUCGCCGUCGCGGUCGUCAUCCACUACCACACCAUACACCUUUCCCUCCCCAUCUCAUCCGCCAUCACCAUCCUCAGCAUCCUCCUUCCCAUCACCGCCUUCCUCAACGCCUAUAUAUAUCCCAACCUCCUGCGCUCCUCCCACACCUUCACGUCCGGCGACAUCUUUACACGUCUCGCCCCCAUCGGCCUCCAGGGCCUCCAGGCCAUCACAACCGCCGUCCUCGCGACUUUGCUCCUCGGAGGCGUCGUGCCGUCCCCCGCGCUCGAGUUCCUCAUCGACUACGGGUGGGAUAAGCUUUACCAAGCGAAAAAUGCGGAUUGCAUUGUGCUCAUACAGGAUACCUACAACUGCUGCGGUUUGAAUUCCGUCGAUGACAGGGCGUACCCAUUCCACAAUGUACCGGGCGGUACGUGCGCCGAGAUCCACGGCCGAACGAAAGCUUGCAGGCAGCCCUGGACGGGGGCGUUGCGGGCCGCGUCGGGCAUUGACUUUGGGGUUGUGGCUGUAGUUGGAUUGAUGCAGAUGAUUGGCCUCUUAAUCAUGAGAGAACGAACAGCUUGGUGGACUGCCCUCCGGACGGAGGACUGGAAACCUUUUAGCGAGACCGACGAUGAAAGCUCAAGGCGUCUGCCCACCGUCGCUGAAGAAUCUGAAGAAUCUUCCGAACAAGGCGAGCCUGCCCAGGCAGGAUACGGCGCUAUCCAGAUGCCCGUUGCUGAACCCUCUUCUUCGCCCGGGGAGGCCAACCACCGCAAUAACGACUGA